AUGAAAAUCGCAAAAGGCACCCUGCUUGGCUUACUUCAAGCGAUCAACGUUUCAAUUUUGCUGCUUUGCUCGGUGUUGUGCUCCGGUCAGAGUGCCUCAGGGUCGAAAGAUAGCGAAAGACAGCGACAGGGCAUCCACGUGAAGUCCUUGCUGGAGUCAACCUCAGUGGAGCCCUCGGCGAGCUCCCUCAGUACCGCCUCACCAACUCCCAAUCCGAACAACAACCCAACUGCCAAAACCUCGGUGCAGGCUCACGAAGUCGAGGAGGAGAACGACAACUUCCACAACGAACGACUGCCUGCCUUAUCAGAGGAUGAGUACAACAACCUGGGCGAAGACGCCAACCCGCUGCACUUCCUCAAGCAGCAGCCUCUGGAUCUUGAGACCGAGGAGAUGUCUCCUCCGCCAGAAAAGGUUGAUCAGCCGCAGGAGCAGCCACAACGCCCAUCCCAGUCACAGCCCCAAUUGCCCAUGGUGGCUGCCCAAUCUGCCGGCUCACCCAUCUACAUAACUAUUCCCAUUUACAUCAGCACGGGUGGCAAGCUGCCCCUCAAGCUGACCAUUGGCGAGCAGGAGAUGUCCCUGCGGAACGCCGAUGGACCCGGAUCUAGCCGGAGAAAUCCCUCCACCAAGGCGCCCAACUCCCAUUUCAAUCGCCUGCUGCAGCAGAUUGAGUCCCCCAAGAGACGAACCACCAAUCGCCAUCGCAGCCAGCUCAAGAGUCACAUCUACGCGAUGAAGGAGAGAAAGGAUCGCAAGGAUCUGCUGUACCCCCCGAUGCAAUAAAAUCCGACUGCUUAAGAAUAUGGCAUAGAGUUUAUGGCUAACAAUAAAUAAAUGACAAUAAAUAUCUGAGGAGAGACUUGUGGAACCUAAUACGAAGC